UGUGUGCACGUCGACGAAUCUUGUGGUAAACAGACAGGAAGAAAAUGACAAUGGUCAUAAAUUUCUCUGCGUGAAGUGAAUGUCUUCAUUCCAUCUGCAGCCCCGGAGACGUUCGGCUGUUUUGCACAAGCGCAGCUGAUCGAGAGCUGCUCUGCAGAAGAAUCGCCAACCAGAAAAAACAGCAGAAAGUCAAACAUCUUCAACAUGGACAACGACUCUUACUUCUACGGCACCGAGUACGCCUUCAUAGUUCCUUGCUCUGUUAUGCUGGAGGGUUUAAACAGCACUGGCAUUGCGGUCAGCUAUGUGAUCGUGUUCCUCCUCAGCCUGCUGGGCAACAGCGUGGUGAUCUACGUGUUGUGUUUAAUGGGAAGCCGCAAGACCUCCACAGACAUCUACCUGAUGAACCUGGCCCUGGCUGACCUACUCUUCUCCCUCACGCUGCCCUUCUGGGCCGUCAACGUCCACUCCUCCAACUGGGUCUUCGGCACCUUCCUCUGCAAGGUGGUCUCAGGUCUGCAAGAGACUACGUUCUACAGCUGCGUCUUCCUCCUGGCCUGCAUCAGCAUCGACCGGUACAUGGCCAUCGUCAAGGCCACCCAGUUCAUCUCCAAACAGGGGCACCUGGUGCGGGUUGUGUGCGGGCUGGUGUGGCUGGGAGCCUUCAUGCUGUCCCUGCCUGUGGUGGUGCAGCGCGAGGCCCUGCAUUUAGACGGCUACAAUUCCAUGACAUGUUACGAGAACGUCACGGCUGAAAGCCUGGAUGAGUGGCGCGUGGCUCUGAGGAUUCUCCGCCACACGCUGGGCUUCUUCCUGCCUCUGAUAGUCAUGCUGUUCUGCUACGGCUGGACGGUGGGCACCCUCUUCCACUCCCGCAACAGCCAGAAGCACAAGGCCAUGCGGGUCAUCCUCUGCGUGGUUUUGGCCUUCGUGGUCUGCUGGCUCCCCAACAACAUCGCGGAGUUCAUCGACACGCUCACACGGGGAAACCUGAUAAAGGACACAUGUGAACUCCGGGAGAAAUUGGAAAUGGCCUUGCAUAUGACUCAAGUUUUGGCCUUUAUUCAUUGUGCCAUAAACCCCAUACUCUACGCCUUCAUCGGCAAGAAGUUCAGGAACCAACUCUUCAUGUCUUUCUUCAAGAAGGGUCUGGUUGGAAGAGAGGUGCUCUCCCGGUACCGAAUCGGCUCCCUCUACAGCUCAGGAAGCUCCAGGCAUACAUCCGUCACACUGUAGGACAAAUUAAAUACAAAGGAGGUCCAGAGGAAGAAAGGCUUACAGCUGCAAGCGGCAAUUAUAGGGGUCCAAGCACUUUGGGAUAACUAGGUUUAGUUACUGCUAUACAACGACCGGCCACUUCAUUAAAACCACCUUGUUGUUUCUGCACUCACUGUCAGACACAUCAGUGUCGCUGCUGGACUGAGAACCAAAAACAUCCUGCCAAC